AUGUCCGAGUUUUUGCCAGCGGAAGUCGCGUACACCAAAUGCCAAAGAAGCAGACAAGUGUUGCUGUCGGUGGUGUGCAUCUUCCUUCCUAAAGUUAAACAGCGGUACACGGAGGUCUCGUGGAGUAUCGAGUCUGCAGACCAAGAGGAGCAACCCAUCAUUUGGUUUACUGGCGGCCGCUUGUAUACCGAUUUGUACAAACCAAUGGAGGGGAGGGUCCACUUCACAUCAGCCGAUCCCCAAAAUGGAGACGCGUCUAUCAUCAUCAAAGAUGUACGUCCGUCUGACACGGCGAUGUACCGCUGUCUGGUGAAGAAGUUACCAGAACUGGACCAGAAGAUCUUAGACCUGACAGUCAUUGAGGCACCCAGUCAGGCUCUGUGCAGUGUGGACGAAGAAGACAACAGUAUGACGCUGAAAUGCAGCUCUCUGCAAGGCACCCCACCUUUGCAUUACAUCUGGUCCAAGACCAGCGGAAAUAAGGUCUUGCCUACACAGGCCAUUGUCGACCCCACAGGAGCCACCUUGCAUUUCAACAGGCGGGAGUGUGGAAGCUAUCGCUGCACGGUGGAAAGUAUGGUGGGCACCAAACACUGUGACCUUCACCUAGACUGUUCGCUGCCCCUGGCCAACAAUGUGAGCAGUCCACGAUUGCUGACAACCACGGCAGUCGCUGCAAUCGUUGUCACUAUCACCACACUCUUCAUUGUCACAGUUGUCCUUGCCGUAUUCCUCUACCGCAAACGAAAAGAGCAACACCAGGACGUUGAAAUGGAAAAAUAA